UGAGAAAGCAAUCUAUUCAGUAACUGUUCAUAUGUCAAAAAGUGUGAACAGGAUGAUGUUCCAGCUUCUCGAAAAAUCGUUACUUUACCCGCUUUGCUCAGUGGCGGGGGUUAUCACCGGUCACUGAUCAAGUGAUGGACGGCCGUCGCAUUUUCUCUUUCCUUAUCCUUUUUGCCUCGCUGUUGGGAUGAAACUGUAACUACGAAUCAACGAUCGCCAUGGCUGACUUUUGCUGAUUAUCUCUUCUCGCACCACUCACCAACCACUCAAUCCACGCACAGCUUCAGUGGGAAUGCAGAUGAUCACCUUGCCAUGAUCGAUUCUGUAGCCGUGAAGAGUCUCGCCAUGUGGUUCUCCAUGGAGCCUCGUUCUUUGACCUUCUCUUGCUCCGGUUCUCUGUUUUCUCCAUGCACUAGCCAUCGCUUUCUAAUCUCGCGAAAGUGCCCUCUGCGAGUGUGCGUUCGCAAGAGGAGGUCGAUCCGUUGCGUUUCCUGCAAGCCCUCGUCGCCAGGAGAUUCCUCCUCUUCGCCUAAUUUUGGCCUCGUCUCCACAACAGAGUGUUCUGAUGGUAGUGUCCUUUUUCGCUUCGGUGAUGUGAGGGAAGCGACGAGGGUGGAUGUUGAAAUGGUGGAAUUGGAAGGUACUGGUGACGAUGUUGAUCAAGUUGCUUCCACAAGUUUCUCCAGUGACCACAAGAAAGAAGUUGCAGGCAGUAACGAUGUUGAUCAAGUUGCUUCCACAAGUUUCUCCAGUGACCACAAGAAAGAAGUUGCAAGCAGUAACUUCAACUAUACUACAAAAGAGAAAGCUGAAUCCCGUUUAGUAGCUGAAUGUAGAUGGGGCUCACCUGAACUGAUUGAUGAGGAGAUAGUUUCAACUAGAGGAGAUCAUUCGGGUAUGGCAGAAAUUGCGUCUUUUGAAAGUCCUCAAUCAAUUGCGACAACGUUGGAAGAUGCUCGAUCCAAUGUGGCAACAAGUGAUUCCUUUGGUCCUACUCCUGAUUAUGUACCUAGAAUAAGUAGCGAGGGAGGAUUGAUGGAGACUAUCGAGCAAGAGCCUCCCCCUUCAAUUGGUCUUUCUGAGCCUAAUGAUGUCGUAAGUUUGGAAACCAUUAGUAUCGGCAAGAAUUGUCAUGAUGCUUCUCUUACUACUGAUUUGAAGUCACAUCCCACAAAGGACAUGGAAAACGUGAGUGAUGUCGAGGAAGUUUUGGAACUGAAGACUGUGGAUGAAGAUAUAGCCCCAGCCUCAUCUAAAGCUGACUCAUUAGUUGAAGUGUCUAGUGAUAGUCCCUCUGAGGAAAGUAUCCAGGAAAAUGUUCUAACGGAUGGUACAAGGACUGCUACUGCUCUGGAAAAAGUGGAUAUGUCAAUCAAAAGUUUGAGUGCUGAGGAUAGUGCACAGAUUGAGACAAUGCUGGCUUCAGCUUCAUCAGAGGUUGAAUCUUUAAUGAAUGAGAAAGUUGGCAAUGUUGCCACGAGUAUAGCUCCCGAUGUAAAUAAGAGUGAAAGCUUGGAAGGGGUAUAUGAUAGUAUGCUCUUCAAUCAAGAUGAAUCACUUGAGCUUAACUCGCAUAAUAUUCAACUUGGAGAAACGCCAGCAGUCAGUGGGGAAGAACAGGAGUCUGCCAAAAGUAGUGAUGAGAGGGAAGAAAUCUCGAGGACAGAAUUUUGCCUUUAUCCGGGUGCUGCUUCACUACCUCAUCCCUCUAAGGUGUUGACAGGUGGAGAGGAUUCUCAUUUCAUCACUAACAGGAGCUGGCUAGGUGUUGCCGAUGGAGCUGGCAAGUGGUCUAUUGAAGGAACUAAUGCCGGAUUAUUUGCCCAAGGAUUGAUGGACAACUGCAGAGAGAUAGUAUCCGCCAGCGAGAGCAAUGCUGUAACUGAUCCUGUCGGUGUGAUAAUUAGAGGUGCUGCAGCAACACAAUCUAUAGGAUUGUCUACAGUUUUGGUCGCAUGCUUUGAUGGCCAGGUCUUGCAUGUGGCAAAUAUAGGAAACUCAGGGUUUAUCAUAAUUAGAGAUGGCAUGAUCUAUAAGAAAUCUUCUCCGAUGGCUUAUGAGUUCAAUUUUCCCGUGCUGAUAGAAGGAGGAGAUUCUCCCUCUGAGCUUAUCGAGUGUUACAGCAUUGAGUUGGAUGAGGGCGACGUGGUUGUGUCUGCAACUGAUGGUCUCUUCGACAAUCUCUACGAGCAAGAAAUAGCUUCAGUCGUCCGCAAGUCCUUGCAAUCCCGUUUAAGUCCUCAGGACAUGGCAGAAAUAUUGGCUACUAGAGGACAGGAGAUGGGGCAAUCAAAAUCUGCAAGGACUCCGUUUGCAGAUGCAGCCCAUGCAGCUGGUUAUGUUGGUUAUACUGGCGGCAAGCUGGAUGAUGUUACUGUGGUCGUGUCCAUGGUCGAGAAGAGAUCUAGCUCUCGGCUGUAGGACGAUUUUUCUCUUUGAAUUAAGACGAUGACAGUUCAAACUCCUCUUUGUGCUCCUGCGUGAUCCUUUUUCCCGGGCUGUAUUUAUCUUGAUCUGAGGAAACAGUUUGUGCAGUAUCAAUAGGAAAAUGUCCAAUAUCAUCCUUUCUGGG